AUGUGGCACAUCCACGAGUAUGAGGUGAAGAGCGACGUCCUUUUCCUUCCCGGCGUCAUUGGUCCGGUUGAGCGGCAAGAUCGGGAGAAAGCGCCGAAAACUAACGGGAAGACGAUUCACUUUUUUGGCAGCAGACUUCAAAACCCAUUUGUUGGGGCAGCUUUCCAAUCUUCCUUAAAGCCAAGAAACGUGAACUGUUUGGGUUAUCUUGGAAACAAAUUUCCCAGAAAACCUCGGUAUGAUAUCAUUCCACGUGCCAAGAAAAACGACUGGAUAUCUCACGGGAUUAGGUUCUCACAAUCAUUCGGGGAAAAUGUUGAGAUUUUAAGGAAGAAUAUGGAAUUAAGAAGUGGGUUUGUGGUGAAGUCCAUGAAAGAGCCUUUCACUAGACUGGGAGGAAGGUUUGCUUCUAUUCCAGUGUUCUGUUUUCUAUGUUGUGAUAUCUGGGGUCUUGAGGAGUUCCGUAAAAAGAAAGCAGCAGCUAAAAAAGCUGCAUCCAGUAAUUCUGUUAAUGGAGACUUACAUGAUGUAAAAACUUCAGUUGCUGAUGCUAUAAACACUUUCAAUAAACCUUCUACAAAUAAUAAUCCAGGGGAGGAUAAUAAUCAUAGCAAUUUGAAUCAUUACAGUAAUAUAGGUGCAUUGUUAGGGACAUAUGAAGAUAACAUAUUCAAAUCCGAGUCAAAGAAGCCUUAUCUCAAGUCAAUUGGCUCUCUUAACCUUGGAGGUGCACCCGAGUUAGAAAAGAAACUCAAGUACACAGAGCAUGUUUGCUCAGGGGAUUGCUGCUUGAUUCCAGAGUCUCCAUUCUAUCUAAAAGGGCAAGGUGGUCUUUUUGAGUUCAUUCAACAUAGACUUAAAGAGAAUGGGCAUGUGGUGAUUGUGUUGGCUGAAGGAGUAGACCAAGAAUAUGUUUCUGAAAGUGUGAAUGCAGUUGAAGAGAGAGAGAUGCAUCUGGAAAUAAACUGCUUAUUGAUAUUGGUCAAUGAUCCAACAUACAUCAUACGGGCUAUUCCAAGCAAUGCAUAUGAUAACAUCUACUGUACACUUCUUGCUCAAAGUGCAAUUCAUGGGGCCAUGGCAGGGUUUUCUGGUUUUACAGUUGGACGUGUCAAUAACAGACAUGCGUAUAUUCCAAUACAGCCUUGCAGUUCUUACUUAACAGGGUCUGGAACCUUCAAGAAGGACCUCUGUAGGCAUGAAUCUUGGGUUUCAAGAAAAUCAAGAAGCAUUGGUUUCAAAGACAAAGCCAAGCAUAUGGGACUGGUGGAGUUUCUAGAGAGGGAUUUUGAUACUAAAAUCAAGGCUCCAAAAUCAACAAGUGCUAGUUUGAACGAAAAAGGCAAUCAUACGCAACUUAUUAGAUCAUUGGUGGGUGAUGAUGACCCAAUCCCAGAUGUGAGGAAGCCUGCCAAGCGACAGUCUGGUAAAGGUGAGGAAAAAUCUUCCACAGAAAAGGAAUUGUUAGAAUUUGGGAGGCAAAACUCCAUUGAAGGGGGGAAUAUUCUUGUUGAAGACAUAGUGAAAUUGGGUAGUCGAGCAGAGGAUGCUGACUGA